GAGCCAGGGAAAGCAAGCAGAGUUCAUCCAACACGUACGCGCGCGCCCUCUCAUCGCGGCGCAUCCAAUCCAACCGCACUCCUCUCGUCUGAUCGUUCUGCCCGGCGCCGCGCAAUACGACCAAGCUAUAGGUACGUAGGUAGCUAGGGAGGGUGAGCGAUGGCGGGGGAGAUCGCGCCGUCGGGGAGCCGGCGGAGCUGGCUGUCCGCCGCGUCCAUCUCGCGGUCGCUGCGCGCGGACCCGGACGACCCGUUCCGGCGCUCCACGGCGAGCCACGACGACGGGGACGACGAGGAGAACCUGCGGUGGGCGGCGCUGGAGAAGCUGCCCACGUACGACCGCAUGCGGCGGGGCAUCAUCCGGAAGGCGCUGGACGGGGGCGAGGGCGGCGGCGGCAGGCUCGCGCCCGACGAGGUGGACAUCGCCAACAUGGACCCGCACGAGGGGCGGGAGCUCAUGGAGCGCGUCUUCAAGGCCGUCGAGGACGACAACGAGCGGCUCCUCCGUCGCUUCAGGGACCGGCUCGACCUGGUUGGCAUCGAUCUUCCGCAGAUCGAGGUGCGGUACGAGCACCUGUCCAUCGAGGCGGACGUAUACGUUGGCAAGCGCGCGCUGCCCACGCUGCUCAACGCCGCCGUCAACACCCUCGAGGGGCUCAUCAGCCAAUUCGGUUCGUCGAACAAGAGGACGAUUAAGAUACUCAAAGAUGUCAGCGGCAUCAUCAAGCCGUCGAGGAUGACACUUCUUCUUGGGCCUCCAUCAUCUGGGAAAAGCACGCUUAUGCGAGCGCUAACUGGGAAGCCUGCUAAGAAUCUCAAGGUGUCUGGCGAUAUCACGUACUGUGGCCAUAAGUUUUCGGAGUUUUAUCCUGAGAGGACUAGUGCAUAUGUCAGCCAGUAUGAUCUACACAAUGGAGAAAUGACUGUAAGAGAGACAAUGGACUUCUCAAGACGAUGCCUAGGUAUUGGUGCCAGAUAUGAUAUGCUGUCGGAAUUAGCUAGACGGGAGCGAAAUGCAGGCAUUAAGCCUGACCCCGAGAUUGAUGCUUUCAUGAAGGCAACUGCAGUCGAAGGAAAGGAGACUAAUGUUAUGACAGAUCUUACUCUCAAGAUUCUUGGGCUUGACAUUUGUUCUGAUAUUAUUGUUGGUGAUGAGAUAAAAAGAGGCAUUUCUGGUGGGCAAAAGAAACGUGUGACAACUGGUGAGAUGCUAACUGGACCUGCAAAGGCUUUGUUCAUGGAUGAAAUAUCUACUGGGCUUGAUAGUUCUAGCACAUUUCAGAUUGUCAAAUACAUCAGACAGAUGGUCCAUGUGAUGAAUUAUACAGUCAUGAUCUCCCUUCUACAGCCUCCACCUGAGACCUACAAUCUAUUUGAUGACAUCAUUUUACUAUCAGAAGGUUACAUAGUUUACCAUGGGCCACGGGAGAGCAUCCUGGAAUUCUUUGAGAGUGCUGGUUUCCGGUGCCCUGAACGGAAAGGAGUGGCCGACUUCCUUCAAGAGGUGACUUCCAGAAAAGAUCAACAACAGUAUUGGUGCCACGACCAGGAACAUUAUCGUUAUGUUACCGUCCCGGACUUUGUGCAACAUUUUAAGACAUUCCAUGUUGGCCAGAAGCUCCAGAAAGAGUUGCAAGUUCCUUAUGACAAAUCUAAAACACAUCCUGCUGCUUUGACUACCAAGAAGUAUGGGUUAUCUAGCUGGGAGUCUCUCAAGGCAGUCUUGUCCAGAGAAUGGUUGCUGAUGAAGCGCAACUCCUUCCUCUAUGCAUUCAAGUCUUUUCAAUUGUUCAUAUUGGCACUUAUAACCAUGACGGUGUUUUUCAGAACAAAGAUGCCCCAUGGGAAGUUUUCUGAUAGCACCAAAUUUAAUGGUGCUUUGGCUUCUUCUUUGAUCACAAUCAUGUUCAUUGGUAUAACUGAGAUGAGCAUGACCAUAAAAAAGCUACCAGUAUUCUAUAAGCAGAGAGACUACUUGUUCUUUCCAGCAUGGACCUUUGGACUUGCAACCAUAAUCUUAAAGCUUCCUUUUUCAUUCCUGGACUCAUUUAUGUGGACGUGUGUUACAUAUUAUGUUAUGGGUUUCGCACCUGCUGCUGGAAGGUUCUUUAGCCAGUUUCUAGCAUACUUUUUAACACAUCAGAUGGCUGUGGCCAUGUUCCGGUUGCUAGGCGCAAUUUUGAAGACAAUGGUUGUAGCCAAUACAUUUGGCAUGUUUACGCUGCUUAUAGUUUUCAUGUUCGCAGGGUUUCUCAUCCCAAGACAGGACAUUAAACCAUGGUGGAUCUGGGGCUACUGGGUAUCUCCCAUGAUGUACAGUAAUAACGCCAUAUCAGUCAAUGAAUUCCUUUCCAGUAGAUGGGCCAUUCCAAACACUGGCGGAAGCAUUGUGGCACCAACGGUAGGGAAGGCUAUUUUGAAGGCUAAAGGCUACUUUAGUGGUCAAUGGGGGUAUUGGCUUUCCAUCGGUGCCAUCAUAGGAUAUAUUAUUCUUUUCAACGUUCUCUUCCUUUGCGCUCUUACAUUCUUGAGCCCUGGCGGCAGUUCAAAUACUGUAGUUUCUGAUGAUGAUGAUGAAAAUGAGCUGGAAAAAGAGUCAACAAACCAAGAACAAAUAUCCCAGAUUACCCAUGGCACAAAUGGAGCAGCAAACAGGAGAACCCAGACAGGAAUGGUCUUGCCUUUUCAGCCACUUUCACUUUCUUUCAACCACAUGAAUUACUAUGUUGACAUGCCUGCUGCAAUGAAGGAACAAGGUUUCACGGAAAGCCGCCUCCAGCUGCUAUCUGAUAUUAGUGGUGCAUUCAGACCAGGUGUUCUGACUGCAUUGGUUGGUGUCAGUGGUGCUGGAAAGACCACUCUAAUGGAUGUACUGGCAGGAAGAAAGACAAGUGGAAUCAUUGAGGGAGAUAUUAGGCUUUCUGGUUACCCUAAGAAACAAGAAACUUUUGCCCGCAUCAGUGGCUAUUGUGAACAAACUGAUAUCCAUUCACCAAAUGUUACUGUGUAUGAAUCUCUCCUUUAUUCUGCUUGGUUACGCCUUUCCUCAGAAGUUGACAACAAUACUAGAAAGAUGUUUGUGGAGGAAGUUAUGUCAUUAGUUGAGAUUGAUGUAUUGCGUGAUGCUCUGGUUGGUCUCCCUGGUGUUAGUGGGCUAUCAACUGAACAAAGGAAGAGACUGACAAUUGCUGUAGAACUAGUAGCAAAUCCUUCAAUUAUAUUCAUGGAUGAGCCAACUUCUGGCCUUGAUGCUAGAGCUGCAGCAAUUGUCAUGCGUACUGUGAGAAAUACAGUCAACACAGGACGAACCGUCGUUUGUACGAUCCAUCAGCCCAGCAUUGAUAUUUUCGAGGCUUUUGAUGAGCUUCUGUUGCUGAAGAGAGGAGGACGUGUCAUAUAUGCUGGCCAACUUGGCGUCCAAUCCCAAAUACUAGUUGAUUAUUUCGAGACAAUUCCAGGUGUUCCCAAAAUUACAGAAGGAUACAACCCAGCAACAUGGAUGCUGGAAGUCAGUUCUUCUCUAGCUGAGGCUCGCCUGAAUGUUGAUUUUGCUGAAAUUUAUGCAAAUUCUGCUGCUUACCGGAGCAAUCAAGAACUUAUUAAGGAGUUGAGUGUUCCACCGCCGGGGUACCAGGAUCUCUCAUUUCCAACUAAAUAUGCCCAGAAUUUCCUAAAUCAAUUUAUGGCAAAUGCGUGGAAGCAAUUUCGAUCUUAUUGGAAGAAUCCACCCUACAAUGCCAUGCGCUACCUUAUGACAGCUCUAUAUGGUAUUGUGUUUGGUACAGUCUUUUGGCGCAAGGCAAAGAAUGUAAAAACUGAGGUGGACCUGAUGAUCCUACUUGGAGCCACCUAUGCUGCUAUUUUCUUCAUUGGAGCUGCAAAUUUGCUAUCAAGUCUACCUGUUUUUUCUAUCGAGAGGACAGUCUUCUACCGUGAAAAGGCAGCUGGGAUGUACUCUCCACUGUCCUAUGCAUUUGCGCUGACAGUUGUGGAGUUUGUCUACAACACAGCUCAGGGUAUUCUUUAUACUAUCCCCAUCUAUGCCAUGGUUGGCUAUGAGUGGAAGGCAGACAAGUUCUUCUACUUUCUGUUCUUUAUCAUCGGGAGCUUCAUCUACUUUACACUGUUUGGCGCAAUGCUGAUCGCAUGCACUCCUUCCCAAUUGCACGCAAGUAUUCUUGUUUCAUUCACUCUCACCGGUUGGAACAUUUUCGCCGGAUUCCUUAUUUUCCGACCGGCCUUGCCUAUUUGGUGGCGGUGGUUCUACUGGUGUAACCCGGUGGCCUGGACCAUCUACGGUAUCUUGGCCGCGCAGUUUGGCAACAUUGACCGCCUGGUCACGGUUACAGGCGACAUCACCAGUAUCAUGGUGAAGGAAGUCUUGAAACAAACACUCGGCAUCAGGCACGACUUCCUCGGCUACGUUGUGCUGGCGCAUUUCGGCUACAUCCUCCUCUUCGUCUUCCUCUUCGCAUACGGCACGAAGGCCUUGAACUUCCAGAAACGGUAGGAGGUGACUGGCAGAGGAUGCGGGUCUGGGAACGCACCCUCCUGCGGUCCUGCCCCCAAAAUGUAUGCAUUGCACUCGACUACCAGCCAUUUUUUACGAGUGCAAAUCAGAAUUCUGCAAUCUAGUGAUAGCCUCGUCGAGAGAGGCUCGUGUUGCAUAUCAGAUAUAACAUGUAGUUAACAUUGUACUGAAUCACAGUGUAUUAAUGCCCUAGUUUUUUUUUGUUUCAAUUUCUAAAGCCCAAAUAUAUGUUCCAAAAAUGUCAAUCUUACUCUUAGCAUGUUCUAAUCUAUUUGAGCCAUUAGCGCUGGAAUGACUAGGACAAAGCAUAAAUCAGUAAUACUGAGGUUUCUUUGGAGGCAAAUAUCAAAUUUUGAAAUGGGCAAAUCAAACCCGUACCAA